AUGAUGAAUACAACUCAAGAAGAAGUUGAAAUGAAUCCAGAAUCUGAAGCAAAGCGAAAGAAGAAAGUUCUGAAAAAGAAAAUCAAGUCGUCUUCGAACCCAGUGGGCGACAGCGAAUAUAUCGAAUACAGACGCUCUGGAUCUUCGGAACGACAUCAAUCACCUCCUGUAUAUUAUCCACCACCUCCUCCAAAUUAUCAAAUGCCUUACUAUCCUCAUCCUUCGUCACCUUUUGGAUAUUAUCCUCCUCCAAGUGGAGUUCCAUAUGAUUACAACAGAGGAUAUGUUCCUCCAACUCAAUCAUCUUCUUCAUCAGCAGAUGAUUAUAUCUAUGAUCAAAACAGCGGGAAAUUUUAUUUCAAACCUCGAAGAGAAACAUUAAAUUGGAGAGUUCUACUUCAGCUAGAUGUUGAAAAGAUCAUGGACCAAGUAGACAUUGAUACACUUGAAAGUGUAACCAAGAAUGUGACAUUUUCCAGAAUUGACUAUAAUGAUCUCAGGUAUUUUAACGAAACCAAUUUUGUUCAAGUUUUUAGGAUUUCUCAAUUAAUUAUUGAGUACUUGCUUUAUGUUCAAAAUUAUUUAUCAACCAAAAAAAAAGAAGUUGAAUCUAAUGUGAAGACAAUCAUCCAAGAUUUAGAAGAUGCUAAAUUAAACUUGGUCAAAAAAACUGAGGAAGUUGCAUACUUAAAGAAAGAACUAAAACGAAAAAAGAAAGCUCUCUAUGCUUAUGAAUGCGUGUUUGGAACGAACCCAGAAAAAGCAAGAAUUUUAUUAAUGUCACAAAGUAAUCAAAAUCAACCAGUAACUCAAAUGCAACCUACGCAACCUCAACAACAAACAUAUUCACGCUCUGAUCGAGAAGAAACAUUUGGGGAGCUGCGUGGAGAUAUUAAACGAUUGCAAGAAACUCUUUUUUCUCAAUUGGAAAGCACGAUAGAGAAAAAACAAAGUCAACUUGAAAAAGAAAAUCAAAAGAAAUUGGAUUAUUUCCAAAACGAGUUCGAACGAUUUACCGAAAGCUUUAAAAAACAGCAAGAAAAUUUAUACUCUACGAUCGCAAAGUCAGUGUCCAAGUUUGCAGAGAGUGACGCCUCUACAAAUUCUGAAGGGAAUAGAGAUGAAUUUUUGCAAUUUUCAUCUCAAAUCCAAAAUCUUAUUCAACAAAAUAAUCAACAAAUUCUCACUUCAUUUGAAAGAAAGCUAAACGACCUAUCUGCAUCAACGAAACAAGUGAAAAAAGCAGACCAAGACGAAGAGAUUUUGGAAUUAAAGAAAAAACUUGACACAGUGCUGAACGCAUUGCAAAACAAACAAAUGGAGCAGGUCAAACCUGUGGAUGUGGUGGUAAACAAAAUGAGUAGAGUGGAACCUACUCCAGCGCAGGAAGAGACAAUCGUUGUGAAGGCCAAGCCAAAACAUGCCAUUGUUAAAAAGGAAGAACCUGUGGUUGCGGUUGUGGUCAAAUCAAAGGAGGAGCCUCCAAAGAAAGAACCUAUGAAAAUGGACAUUAUCAAACCUAAGGAACCCAAGAAGGAGCCAAUGAAAGAACCAAUGAAAGAACCCAUCAAGGUACUUAGUGUGGAAACCACUAGAGAUUCGCCCAAGGAGCGUCCAAAAUCAAUAAGGUCUACUUCUCCCCCAACGAAACAGGUUACUGUGGCUGAGACCAAUUCAAAAUCUGUCGUUACCAUUGUUGAGCAACAACCUAAACCUGCUGUGAGUGAGUCACAACCAGUGGUCUCUCCUCCAAAACCUAUUGAAGAGCCCAAGCAACAGGUGCCACCUCCAGCUGUACAGGAUGUAUCAGAAGAAGAAGAACACGAUCAAAGUUAUACGACCACAAAUAGUGAAAUCAUGUCUGAAGCAAUCAAUACAACAACCACAAGCGUUGAAACAGAUGUAAGCACACUAGGGCUCAAAGAAAGAAUUUACAGAGAUAUUGAAUUAGGAAAGGUAUUUGAAGAAUUUGGUGAGGGAGUUGCUUAUCAACAUGAAGAGGAUAAACCAUGGCUCACCUCCAAGUUUAAACAAAAUUCACUCUUUAGAGAAAUACAAAAAACAGAAACGAAAGCACUUGUUGAACAUGAAAUGAAUCUUAGAGGAAUUGAUAUGGACCAACAUGGAUUGUCUGAAGCAGAAUACUCUCGAGGUUUAAAGUCACUGCAAAAAGAACGUGAUUCUGUGGUAAAAAACAAUCCUGAUCAUUUGGUAAUCAUGAAUGAGUUACGAGAAAAGGUUGACAAUAUUGUGGCUGAAUCAAACAAGAAUGUUCAUCCACAAGUGGCGUUUAGUCAAUACAUUGAUGACAUUAUCAACAAGAUACAAAAGAUGAAUGACUUUGAUGAGGAAAAGAGAAAACUUCCGCUUACCACUCCCAAAACACCUCAAUCACCCGUUCCAGUUGGUGCCAAGAACAAUGAAGACGAUGAAAAGGAAACACCCACAGUUAAAAUUCCUCCAAAACCUGCUCACCGUGAAAAAUCAGAACCUGCUAUGAAACUAGUGGCUGCUACAUUAAUGCAAGAAGCUCUUUUAAAGAAAAAGGAAAUGGAUGAAAACAAGAAGGAAUUGACCACAACUUUGUUCAACACACAAAAACCACAAUCUGCCAAGCUAGAAGAACAGCGUACUCGUGUGGAUCAACAAACCACUCUCAAAUCGAUGGAUUUUACAAAGAAAGUCAAUGAACAAGAUGAAGAAGAAGACGAACAAAAGAGUGUGAACAAUACCAAAAUCAUUGAAGCUGAAUUUGAGGAUGAAAUGGUUGAGGAGGAUCAUGAAACCACAGGCUCUACCCUGUAUGAAGAAGUUGGUCAUGGAGAUGAAGAUGAUUCACAAUAUACCUAUGAAUACGAAACUGCAACGGAACAAGAUCCAAAUGAAACAAAACGAGGAGAUAUUAGUGUUCAGGAAGAAUCCUUUGUGGAAAAUUCAAAAAACAAGGAUACUGUUCAGGCAUUCACUGCCAUUGACGAAGAUUCAGAGAUUUCUGAGAAGAAUCACAGCAAACAGCAACCUUCAAAGAGCGUUUCUAAUUUAAAGAAACCAACAGAAGAGAGCUCCUCAGUGAUGAAAGUUGUGAGUAAAGUGUCAAAACUUAAAGCUCACUCUAGCGACGAAGAAGACAGCGACGACAAUGUUGACUUGCCAAUCUCUAAGGGAGGUUCGACGUUGACCAAUGCCGCACUUGGUAACAAAUUUAAAAGCUUGAACAACAUGUGGGAAGACAUGAACAAGAAAAAGAGCUCCACACUUGACGAUAGUCUGGAUUUACCUGGAUCAGACGACUUUGAUCUCUCUUCAUUCAAACCCAAAAACGUUCCUUCUUCCAAACAAACAAAACCUUCUGGUUCCUCCAUGUUAUCUUCUGAUGUUUCAGGCUUCAUUAAAACGCUAAAAGAGGAAGACGAUGAUUUGGACACUGAAGAGCUGUAG